CCACUCUACCACUUGCAUGAAGACCAAAGUUGGAGACGCAAUGUUCUCGGGCGUGAAGACGAUGCUCGAGGGCCAGCGCUUAUUCGUGUCUGAGGCAGCUGGCUGCGCACCGGGAGAUGCUGCGACAUCAACAGCCUGAAACGCGUUUCAUGAGAAAGGCAAGUACAGCCACGCCGAAGCGUACAAAAGCUUUCCUUGAGGUCUUUCGGAGGUUUUCAUAACAUUGCUCCUCAUCUUGUCUGUUUCUCAUCAUGCUGUCCCACCGAGUUUUAACGCUCUCCUCAAUAUUUGCAAGUGCAUGCGCACAGGCGGCAUGUAGGCUUCCUAUUCCAUCCAUUCCAUACAUGUAUGGCGUCCCAUCAUGGGAAUCAAGCGACUACAUUUGUCAGGGACCCCCCGACCUCUUUUCUGUAAGACCAAGCGAGGGCAAAGGUCUGGGUGUCUUUGCGCUUCACGAUCUUGACAUUGGCGACAUCGUCAUGCGUGAGGCACCAAUACUCAAAAUUGAUCCCCCAGACUACGUGAGAGGCACGGGAUACCCGAUGGCUCAGGUGACAGAGCUGGUCCGCAAAGAGUUUGAGAGCCUCUCCUUGGAUGCACAGGAAGAGGUAAUGUCUCUGACGUAUCACGCGACAGCGGUAGAGGAGGCGACCAUGGACAAGCUCGGUAUCAUCUUCAGGACCAACGCAUACAACACAGAUGAGCAGAUCGGUCUAUUUCCGAAGAUUGCUAGGAUCAACCACUCGUGCCGCCCCAACACAAGCUACUAUUGGAGCAACAAGUUGAACAGGAGGGUGGUGUACGCAAGCCGAAAGAUUAAGAAAGGCGAAGAGUUCUUCGUCUCGUACAUCGGCCUACUAUCAACACACGAGGAGCGACAGAAGCGACUCAAUCGUUAUGGCUUCAGAUGCACCUGUGAAGCAUGCGCAGCAGAGCAGAUCGUAAAGCAGGUCAGCGACAAACGACGAGUGGAGAUCAGCAAAGCGUUCACGGACUUUGAGCCUCAGCUGACACUUGAUGUACCCAAAUCUAAGUCAGCCAGACGGCAAGCCCGUAAGAACGCCCAAGCAAGCUCGCAGCUUGCUGAGCUUGUUGAGGAAGAGGGCCUUGCGGACUAUUAUGCUAAAGCCUAUCGUGUUGCUGCCAUUAGCCAUGCAAGGAUCGAGGACUGGCAACCAGCAACAUUGUUCGCGAACAAAGGGUAUAAGCUCAAGCAUAUGGAGGAUCCGGAAUCGCCAUACACUGCUGAGAUGUAUUCUCUCACCAGCAGCUUCAUACAGAGUUGGGAGAGAGAGCUGAACCAAUCACUGAGCAAAAUGUCGACCUAGAUCAUCAUGGGUAUUUGAUAUCUUUCGAGACCU